AUGCGGCGGGAGGAGUGCCAGGCCAUCGAUCAGAUCGUCAUCACCCACUGGCACCACGACCACCUCACAGGCCUGAAGGAGGUGCUCGCGGGCCUGGGCCCCGUGCCGGUCCGCAUGUAUCUCCCGACCGAGGGUACGGCCCGCAACGGGAGGAACAUUUACGGCGAGCUGGGUGGCACUUUCGACCCGAACGAGUACCUCCAGGACUUCGACGUGGAGGUAGUUGGCCUUGAGGACGGCGAGGUCCUGCGGUGCGAGGGCGCCACCCUCCAGGUCAUGCACACGCCCGGCCACACCAACGACCACGUCUGCCUCGCGCUGGAGGAGGAUCGAGCGAGCGCUCUUCACCGGCGACAACGUGCUCGGCUGGGGCACCGGCACCUUCCAGGACUUGCAGCAGUACAUGCGCUCGCUUCAGAAGAUGCGCGCCGCACGCGCCGAACUGCUCUAUCCAGCCCACGGGCCCGUGGUUGGCGAAGGCGGGGCUGA